AUGGGAGCGGGCAGCGCGGCGGCGCGGCAAGAUGGCGGCCAAUGGCGGCGGGGCGAUCACGCAGCGCGCGCGUGCCGGCGCGUGUCGUUCACGUGCACACGGUGUGGCGGGCGAGGUCGCGGCGUGACGUCACCGGCGCGCCCCCGCAUGACGUCGGGGCGCGCGGCAAGGUCGGCCGCGCUGUCACACGCCGCCGCCGCCGCUGCGCCUGCAACGGCCGCCUGCAAUUUCGACAGGUGUCAACGACCCCGCAAGCAAUGGCCGCCCAAGAGGACA